GCAGGAAUAAUUGGUGGAGAGCCAGCCUCGGGCGGGCGGGCAGGCAGGCAGGAGGACAGACUGAGGGUGCGCGGCGGCAGGAGCUGACAGCUGGACUCAGCCCGUGUCAACACUGAGCAGACAGACUCCACAGGCAGCACCGUGGCCACCAGCUCUCCCAGCCCCCGUGGGUGGAAAACCAAAAUAAACAGCUCCUGUAUAUAAACAUAAUAUAUUCAUCUGGAAAUGAGGAUCUACCCUUUAUAUUAGGCCAUGUAUCUAACUGAAGAAUUCAGUGAACAGAGCAUCUGCCAAGCGCGGGCCUCGGUUAUGGUCUAUGAUGAUUCAAGCAAAAAGUGGGUCCCAGCCAAACCUGGACAACAAGGGUUCAGCAGAGUCAACAUCUAUCACAACACCUCUAAUAAUACCUUCCGAGUAGUUGGAAUGAAACUACAGGACCAACAAGUAGUCAUAAACUACUCCAUUGUGAAAGGACUGAAGUACAAUCAGGCUACACCUACAUUCCACCAAUGGCGAGAUGCUCGACAGGUCUACGGGUUAAACUUUGCAAGCAAGGAAGAAGCCACGACCUUUUCCAAUGCAAUGGCGUAUGCUUUAAAUGUGCUGAAUUCACAAGAUGGAGGUCCGACAGUGCAGCGUCAAGUUCAGAAUGGGCCACCCCCUGAAGAUCAGGAAACACAGAGAAGGCAACUGAUGGAACAACGCCAUGAACAAAUGGAAAGAGAACGACGAACUUCCAUGUCUGUUCCCUCCAUGCCUCCUGGAGGACCCCCAACCCAAACUGUGUGUCCACCGCCACCUCCUGCUGGUGGUCCCCCACCACCUCCACCGCCACCAGGGCCUCCACCAGCAUCUGGAGGUGGGCCACCUCCUCCCCCUCCAUUGCCAGCUUGUGGAAGCCCAGGAGCUAGAGGUGAUGAUGGACCUUCAGCUUCAGGUCUGGCAGCAGCACUUGCUGGAGCCAAACUGAGGAAAACCAGUCGGCCUGAAGAAGGUUCAGGAAGCUCCAGUCCUGGGGGAGUGUCAAAGAGUGAGACCAAUCGGAACAGCUGUGGGGCAGCAGCAGCUGGGGGAGGAGGAGGAUUAAUGGAUGAAAUGAAUAAACUGCUCGCAAAACGGAGGAAAGCUGCCCAACAAACAGAUAAAGCAAGUGACAAAAAAGAGGAGGAAACACAGAAUGAGGAUGCAAGCUCUUCGCCUUCACCCAGUUCACGAGGUCCUGGUUUGCAGAAUUCAACAGAUACUGGUAAAAAGCCAUGGGAAAGGGCCAACUCCACCGAAAAGACAGGAACUCUUUCAAGAAAUGCAUUUAUGACGAAGAGUCCUGAAGCUAAGAAUGUUGUGCAGUCUCAUCUUUCAUCUUCUAGGCUGAAGCCGGGAAGCGGCACCAGUAAUGACGUGGUCACAGAUGCCUUAGAUUUUGAUCGAUUGAAGUCGGAAAUACUGGAGGAAGUCGUCAAGGAGCUGCACAAGGUGAAGGAAGAAAUUAUUGAUGCCAUUAGAGAAGAAUUGAGCAGAAUCAGUACAACGUAAUGAAUUUUGCACUCUGAAACGUGGGAAGUUCUGAAAGGAAUUGGGGAAGAUGAGACAGCUGUGUGGAGUAUUGUGUGGAAGAUGACUAGGAGAGAAGCUAUGCACUGAAUGUCACGGUUGCUUUUAAACCCUUCAUUGAUUAGUGGACUCAAUAUGCUCUGCUGCUUACUGCCUUGGAUCUGCUUCACAUGAAAAGUCUUAAUAAUUAUCCAAAACAACAAAAAACUUUCAAUAAUUUUAAUACUUUGUGGAUCUUAUUUUCUAGGUUUUUCAAAAAAAAAUUGCACAUCUGUUUUAUGUUAGCCUUUGUAAUUUUUUAUUAGCUUAUUUAAAGGUUUACAUUAUUUCUAGAUUAUGUUUUUAGAGAAGAGCUUCAAUACAGACACAAACACAAAACACGUUUUGCUUUUAGUAGACAAAUAAGUUGUUAUUUCUAUCUUAAGAUGUUACCACAGUAUUUUUGACUCUGUUUUGAAAAUUGUUGCCAACAAAGAGAUCCUUGUAGCAUUACUGAAAAGGCAGAAACUUGUAAAAGUUGUGAUAUGACAAUGGUAACUGAUUUCUCAACAAAUCUUUCAAACCUUAUUAAAACAAGGUACAUCAAUGCAAAAUUGUUUAUGUUCAUGCUAGAAUGCAGGUGAUAGAGAAUUUCAAAUUAAUCAUAGUCAGUAGAAAUGUUCCAUGUACUAAUCACCAUGAUCUGUAGAGAUGGCUCGUUGAUUGAUUGUGGAAUGCCCAGACGUAUUUCCUGGUAAAUAACACCUCACAAACUAUUAUAGCACUAGAAUUAGAUUAACCAAAUCCUCAGUGGAGCUAAAACCGUUAAAUGUCUCCUUUACUGCAGAGUUUGCUGUCAACUUGGUCCUAUGCCAUAAAAAAUACUUAAGUGCAACAGUGUAUGUAUGCAUGUGCUGAAUUUAAUUGGAUAUCUUUGAAUUGAUUGCCAACAAUUAUGUUAUAGAGGGGACUGGGUCAGCAUUGAGCAAAUGUAGAGCAUCUUCAUAUGGGUAGGAAGAUUCUGUGUUAAAACCCAAAGUUUAUAAAAUAGACAUCCAUGUUGUUUCAAAUAAGAUAAAUUAAGUUACUGAAGUGGGAAAGUUCAGUUGUACUUUAAAAGGUACACACCAGGUGGCACACUGUAAUGCAAUUCAUACAAGAUCAAGAUCAACUGGAUUUCAAACAAAUUUGUUAUAUCUGCAAAACAUGUUCGAAAUCCAAAAUUCAGCUGUUUAAUGUCAUUUUUCUAG